UCUAGUGUAGGCAGAUGAGAUUUUAAAGCUACAACAAUGAGACAAAUUGAACAGUGUUAGUGAAUGACACCUUUGUUUCUCACUCAAAGCUCACAUACUGCUUUAGAUUACUUAUACUAUAGCACACAGCUUGUAUGGACUACUUCUGUGAUGGUUUUAUUGUUCCUUUGUGUCCUUUUCACAAUUCAUGUUCUUCAUAUGGAAAAGAGCAGCUAGAUCAUACUCUUCUGUGGUUCAUUGAAAAAAGAAUAAUACUAAUGGAAUGACAUGAGAUUGAUUAAAUGAUGAAUACUGAACUAUUCCUGUAAACCUUUGUUAGAUUUGUUGCUGUAAGAUUCAGAGUGGAGAAGUUUCUGUAAUCUUCAGUAAGAGAAGCUAAAGGGUGUGUGAAGACCCCCCCUCACCCAGCCUGUGAAAAUGGACACUGCUGGUGUAUUUAUAGGCCAGACACGAUGAGCACCCUCUCUUAAGAGACCAGUGGUUGCUAACAUUCAUAAUAAACACAUGAUAUUCAAUUCUAGUAGCUCCGUAUCCCUUACACAAAUUUAAAAGCUUUGAGAAGAUCCACAGGAGAAUCCAGAGUUCUGACCAGACGUACGUCAAGAGAAAGUAAAGUAAGCUAUGGAGAAACCAGUUUUACAAACCCAGCCCUCCAUGCUGCCUUUCUUCGACGCGGCACACGCUGUCAACUUACUUCGUGGCAUCCAUGAGCUCCGCGCCGAGCGCAAGUUCUUUGAUGUCACGUUGUGUGCUGAAGGCAAAGAGUUCCACUGCCAUAGAACUGUUCUAGCAGCUGCCAGCACCUACUUCCGUGCCAUGUUUGCCGGUACGCUACGAGAGAGUGUCAUGGACCGUGUGGUGCUACACGAAGUAUCGGCUGAACUGUUGGGCCUCCUGGUGGACUUUUGCUACACAGGUCGAGUGACCGUCACGCACGACAACGUGGACCUGCUGCUCAAGACAGCGGACCUCUUCCAGUUCCCAUCCGUCAAGGAAGCAUGCUGCGCAUUCCUGGAGCAGAGACUUGAUGUUUCCAACUGCUUGGAAAUCCAGGACUUCGCAGAGGCUUAUGCCUGUCGUGAGCUAGCGGCUAGUGCUCGCUGUUUUGUGCUAAAGAACAUUGUGCAGCUGGCAAAGAGCAUGGACUUUGAACGGUUGUCGUGGAAGCGGCUGCUUGAGUUUGUGUCUGAUGAUGGACUGUGUGUGGAUAAGGAAGAAACGACAUACCAGAUUGCCGUGCGCUGGGUUAAAGCUGACUUGCAUCACCGAUUGCAUUACUGGCCUGAGUUGUUGCAGCAAGUACGGCUGCCGUUUGUUCGCCGUUUCUACCUUCUGGCCCAUGUGGAGAGCGAUCCACUGGUCUACUUGUCGCCAGCCUGUUUACGGUUAGUCAGUGAGGCACGCAGCUUUCAGUCUUACGAAUAUGACCGACAUGACCGACCCAGCCAUCGAAUGCGCCCACGUCCAUCCACCGGCCUGGCCGAAAUUCUGGUGGUGGUGGGAGGAUGUGAUCAAGACUGUGAUGAGCUUGUUACUGUGGAUUGCUACAACCCACAGACCGGACAGUGGAGAUAUUUAGCAGAAUUCCCAGACCACCUUGGAGGUGGCUACAGCAUAGCCGCCCUGGGCAAUGACAUUUACGUGACAGGUGGCUCAGAUGGAUCACGUCUCUAUGAUUGCGUUUGGCGAUACAACUCCAGUGUGAAUGAGUGGACGGAGGUCUCCCCCAUGCUGAAAGCCAGAGAGUACCACAGCUCCUGCGUCCUGAAGGGUCAGCUGUAUGUUGUAGCCUCUGAUAGCACAGAGCGCUAUGAUCAUACUCUAGACUGCUGGGAGGCACUUCCGCCCAUGCCACAUUCCAUGGAUAACUGUUCUACUACGGCAUGCAGGGGACGGCUCUAUGCCAUUGGCUCCUUAACUGGAGAAGACACAAUGGCAAUUCAGUGUUACGAUGUUGUAAGCAACCGCUGGUCACUAGUCAACUGUGGAGAACUGCCUCCAUGGUCCUUUGCCCCCAAAACAGUCACUCUUAAUGGGUUGAUUUACUUUGUAAGGGAUGAUUCAGCAGAAGUAGAUGUCUACAAUCCACAGAAAAACGAAUGGGAUAAGAUUUGUCCCAUGACACAAGUUCAUGUUGGAGGCAGUGUAGCAGCUCUGGGUGGUCGACUCUAUGUGUCCGGUGGCUAUGACAGCACUUUUGAGCUAUCUGAUGUGGUGGAGGUCUAUGACCCCUCUACUCGAUCUUGGUCCCCAGCUGGCCGGCUCUCCCAGCCCACCUUCUGGCAUGGAAGUGUCAGCAUAUUCCGACAGUUUAUGCCUCUUGUUCCAAGCACCUUCGAACCCAUCGACAUACCUGAGCCCAACUACAUCCACCUCCACAGACACCACCGCAAUCAGGCAUUUCACAACCACAACAACGUCAAUCAGAACCACAACCAAGAUCUCAAUGAAGUGCAUUGAGAACUUUACUAAAUGUGAGACUGAAUGACAUUCAAUGUGACUUCACUACUAGGUGUUUUGCACUUUAUCAAAUAUUCACCUCAGCUGGGCAGCAAAAGGGGCUGGUGAAUGGACAAUCAAUGUUUGCAUUAUUUCUCCCAGUUACCCAGUAUAUCUACAGCUUUAAUUGUUGCAUGCAUUUCUAAUGCUGACUGUGUUCACCUUGAACAGAGACUUGAGUGAAGUGAUUCAUGAAAUAGUGCCUAUCAUGUUUGGUGAAUUUCAAGCAAUCCAACCCUUGGUUAUGGUUAUGCUCAUUUUUUUAAAUGUAUUUUAUAAUUCAGCAUGGACCUCCAAAAGUGAUCCACAACAAUGCAAAUUUAAUUCAACACCCCCCAAAAAAAUAAAAUAAUAAUACAAUACAAUAUAAAUAUCAUAACCGUAAAGUAAAAAUGUCUAUUUUCAAAAAAUAUUGUUUUGAGACCACAGUCAUUCCAGUAAGACAGAAUUCUGCAAUGUGGAAAACAAAAAGUAUUUUAUAUACGCGGAGAUUUGGGAGAAACCAAGGUUUUCCAAAAACACCAUAAUUUUGUUUGACAGAUAAACACUGUGACUGUGUCCCAGCAUAACCCAUUGAUUAUUGUUCAUCUUGCUUGAAUAACAUCACAUUUCAGACAACAGUGGGCAUGCAGUGAUCACAUUUUUACUGAAUUUGUAUCCGACUUGCCUUUCAACUCUCAUAUUUUAAUAUUACAUUAAGUUUAUUAUUAUCUAGUCAUUGUUUAUUUUAGAGGAAGGUAUGUAACGGUUUAUGAGAAACAGCAAUCAUGAAAAAAUAUGAGGAAUAGAUGAAGGUAUUGUAUUUUUGUGCCAAAUUGUAUUAAAAUGCUAUAUUAAUAACUGGAAGUAGUAAUUCAGUAUCGCGUUACUCUUGAAUAGAUGUAGGUGUUUGACAUUACCAGUGUGAAACUAAUUAUUUACGACACGCUUAAGCAGUAUUUGAUGUUGAUUUUAUUUUUCUUAGAAUAUUUAGUUAAAAUAAUUUGUACAAUACAGACAAGGCGAUGAUUUGUGUAAUGUUUGUUUGUUUGGUGAACCAAUAACUGUUACUUUUUGCUCUUUUCACAUGUAUAUGUAAUAAGAUCACAAUCACGUGAGAGACAAACUAUCUGACAUACAGUUUUAACAUUUGAAUGUUCUGCAAAGCCCCUCACAGAGUCUUCAGCUCGAGCACAAUAGCACAUAAAAGUUGAACUCAAUAAAGAAUAGUAAACAUAUAAUCAGAACUGACCAUGGUUUUAAGGUGUAAUAUUUAUCUAUGCACAUUAUUCCAAAUCAGUGUUCAGUACAGUAUAUUAAGUAUCCUGUUUCACUCUGAAAUACAUCAAAUUAC